UUACCUAUAUUGUAUAUAAAAACCGCAAUAAAAUAUUUAAAGCAAUUAGCUACAGCGACUGGCAUUUAUUUGUGCGCUGUCGGAAAAAACAAACAGAUAAAACGAUACAAAAACAAAGGCACCUCUAAUUACAAACUAUUGCAAAUUGCUUAUUAGAAAUACACACACGUUUCGGCUGACUACAGAAAUUAAAUAUGAAAAGAUACUAUUUCUAAAUGUAAUAUACAUACAUACAUAUAUAUUCAGACAAUCAUAGCAACAAUUUACAUGAAUUAUAUACAGUUUAACAAACGAAACGGACAAGUGCAAGCGAAUAUCAGCGAUACGAAUUCGUAACUAUCCGAUUGCAAACUCAUUGACCGCAUACCGAGUAACCGCUACUUGUGAGCACAACACAACACAUACGACACCAAUCGUAUUGUGGAGAGCAGUGUCAUCAGCAGUAGCAGUGUACGAAAACCGAAUACACGCGUGCUUUUAAGUUGUGUGAAACACACAACAAAAGUGGAGGCAGCGGCAGUCAGAGCGUCGAAUCAGUGGGAGUGCUUGUGUGUGUAAAUGACUGUUUGAAAAGCGAGUAGGAGCAAAAGUGUAGUAGGCCAAAUAGAGAGGAAGCGGAGACUUUACUGAGCAUUUAACGAGACGGUGAAACAGCAAUCAAACUUUGACUAUUUUAAUAAUGUCGCCGGAUAAUCCUACACAGAUUUUAACCACACAUGAUUUGACCAGCUUACGCACCCUACAGCGUGUGAUCAACACCAACAAUAAUAAUACAGCUGUUGACGACAACGCCAAUUAUAACAGCAACGGUCACAACAACAACAACACUACUCGCAAUCACAAUUUCAAUCUCGGCCACAAUAGCAAUAUCAUCACAAACAGCAUACAUAAUCAUCACAACAACAGUAACGGCAACGCCAGUGGCGGUAAUCUUGUCUUCUCCACCAUCCCACUCGACGGCCACGCCCUGUUCAUCCAACCUUCGCACCUGUUGCCCGCGAACGCUGCCGCUUCGCUCACCAGUAAGGGUUUGCAACAGGCUACGCAAACGCGCGGCCUGGUCACAGCAGCAACAAAUGGUUUACGCACCGUUAAUAGCAUUAACCAUAGCAACAUUAGUCCCGCCGUCAGCAACGCUACCAGCUUUAUCAGCAGCAGUAGCAACAGCAGCAGCAGCAGCAACAACAACAACAACAACAGUAAUAAUAGUUUAAAUAGUUUUCUUGCCAAAGCAACCAUACUGAGCGCAAACCUCAGUAACGGUAAAGCAGGCGGCAAAAUCUUCAGCACCGGUGGCACAACUUUCAGCAGCAACACUAAUAACAUGCCCACCACAUCCAAAUAUGUUUUAUUACAGCCCAAUGGUAAUGGACAGUUUACCACCUACGAAGGUCCAACGCCAGCGGCGGCAGCAGCCGCAGCAGCAAACGGCAAUGUGGCAGCGCCCAGCGUGGGCAACAUAGUGUUGCUUGCCACCGAACCGAUGGACUUGAAUGGUAGUGCCGCGGUGAGUGGAGAUGCCACUGCUGUUGGGCGUGUCAUUGCCACAACAACUAGCGUUACGGGUGAUAAUGAUGAAGAGCUACGAUCAUUAGCGUGGCUGAAUGACAGCAAUUUGAUUAAAGGCAUAGUGACUACGAGUUCGGCGGGUGGUGCCGCCGGCGCCAAUGUAAAGCGGGGUGGAGCAGCGAAUAGCGGCAAUAUUUGCAUAGUGAGCGCUAGCAAUGCGCAUGAGCUGAUCGAGGAGCUGCCACAUCAUGUGGGCAGCGAAGAGGUGACCACCACCACGCCCAGUGGCAAUGUCAGCACUACAAGUGCUGGCAUAAGCAAUAAUACUAAUAAUACCAACAACAACAUCACUACACCAACUGAGCUGAAAGCCAGCACACAAAUAACAGCGCUUAGCGUUGGGGAUCUGCAGCAACUCAAGCGUUUCGGGAAUAUAAUCACAACUGGUACACCGAUCACUUUGCUGCCACAGCACGACGGCACGGCUGCUGCUGCGGGUGGUAGAAAAGAUGAGCCGGCACACAUUUUCGGCAAUAUCAGCGGCAUUAGCGCCACGACUACGGUGCAUAUGGGACCGAGCGGUACCACCACCGUUGUCGAGUACAAAUCGAACGGUAAUAUACCGACACUACAGCCGAGACAACUACUUAGUGCUGCCGGUGUUGGCAAUGUCAGCAGUGGCACCACUAUAACGCCGACCAAUUUAAGCAGCAGCAACAACAAUAGUGCAAAUAAUAACAGCAAUAAUAUAAAUUCUAGCAACUAUGUGCCUUCUUCACCUUCUUCGACUCACAGCACCCAUUCAAUUGUAGCCAGCACACCCGCCUCCGCCGCUGCUUCAAAUCCUGCCGCACUAUCUGUUUCUUACUCGACGGCGCCAUCCACUCAGUUGAGCGUUGCCGGCGCCAAUAACGGUACGACAGUGCUUAGCCUGUCGAAGCAAUUGACAACGCUGCCGGGCGGUGUUGUUACGGUUACCAAUGGCAACGGCACGACUAACACAAUUUAUCAAGGACAACAACAGCAGCAGCAAAAGCAACAAACUGUCGCUAGUAACAACAACACAAGCAGCGGUAGCAGCGCCUCCAGCACCACACAUCACCCGCACAAGAAAUAUUUGCGCGAAAAGAUGAACGUACUGGAUCAUGGCGGUGGUGGUAGCAGUAGUGGUGGCGGUGGUGGUGUUAUCGCCAACACAACUGCCAACAAUGUCAACAGCACCAAUGGCGCUGUUAAUGCCGCAACUUCUAACAUAACCGUAGUUGCUUCGCCAGCUUCUUCGAGCAGUUCGUUUUCCUCGUCCGUCUCAGUGUCAUCCAAUUCAUCGUCCACGGCCGCCGUAAACGGUGGUAAUAGUCCAGUUUCUAAGUCAUUCUAUGCUGGCGCAGCCAACAACAGUCACAACACCAGCGCUGUUAACGGCAGCAGCAGCAGUAGCGGUGCCAUAAACUACUCCAGCACGGCGAAUACGCCGCCGACAGUGAUGCUGGGCAGUGUGUCAGCAGUCGCCACAAAUAGCGUGCACACGAUCACCAGCUCGCCAGUGGCAGUGGGUGUGCCGCCCACAUACGCCAUAAUGCAGUACCAAAGUGUGGCUUCCUCCCCAAGCAUGUCGUCGCCAGAACCAAAUAAUUCCAAAGAAAUGUAUCCACUUAUUGCACCUCAGUUACAGCAACAACGCAACUCGAUGCGUUCACCCACCUCCUAUUCCAGCUAUGAUAAUGACUCUUUGAAAGAUUUCGAAAUAUCCACCAAUGGCUCAAGCGGCUUGAGCCGCAACAAUACCAGUACACCACAACAUCAAAUGCACCAGUCCACGCAAUCGCAGCAACUGUCGUCUUCAGGUUCAUCGGCAUCCUCGAAGAAUAGCCAUAACGGCAGCACUGGAGGCGGUGGUGGGUUAAAUGCCAACGGUGCCGUCACACCGCAAAAGCAAAAGCAUCCGAACAAUGUGCCGUACGAUCCGUUUGUGCACACACACAACAAACCGCCCUACAGUUUUAGUUCCUUAAUAUUCAUGGCCAUUGAAGGCUCAAACGAGAAAGCUUUGCCGGUUAAAGAGAUCUAUGCUUGGAUCAUGCAGCAUUUUCCGUAUUUCAAGACGGCGCCAGCCGGUUGGAAGAACAGCGUUCGUCACAAUUUGUCCUUGAACAAGAGUUUUGUUAAAGUGGAGAAAGCGCCGAAUAUGGGCAAAGGCUCGCUUUGGCGCGUGGAACCGCAACAAAGACAAAAUCUCAUACAAGCGCUAAAUCGCUCGCCAUUCUUCCCCAACUCGGCCGUCGAUAAGUCGGCAUCGCUCAAGAGCCCUGGCGGCAAUGACUCAUUGGUUGGCUACGACACAGUCGACAGUGUGGGCAGCAGCGGUGGCGGUGCCUGCAGUCCAGCGCCUAAAUCAAACAUAAAUCCGCGUAUUGAUCCGCGACUGUAUCCUAAAUUGUCAAAAGUCAUUGGUGGGCAGGAUGUGCCCGACGAAGACACUCCGUCCGACUAUAGUACAACAAAUCAUAAUAACAAUUUGAAUAAUCACAAUAGCAGCAGCAACAACAAAUAUAACACUUAUAAUAGCCCACCAGUGCAGCAGAAUGGUGUCAGUGGCGGUAGCACUUCUAUAUUGGGUCCUUUUAGCAGCUACGAAAGUAUCGAGCGCUUGGCACGCGACUGCGGCGCUGAUAGCAUAGACGAUGUAAACGCUGCAACGGCAAUGUUGGCGUUGAAACAUGGCCCUAAGGUGUUUGCAGAGACUUUCCAGAAUGGUGCGCCCGUUAUAACAUCUUCACCAAGUGAGGAUCACACCUACUCUGCUGGUGGCGCUGCAGGCGGUGGCACUGGUGUCAACAGCGGUUCAACAACACCAGUAGCCAAUAGCAAUGUGGCACCAUUAGCCUUGAAUGGCAAUACACAGUAUGCCGUUAAUGGUGCACAGCAGCAGCAAAAUGGUUGCAAUGUCGAUAAUCAAAGCAAUUACACUUCCUCCGAUGCGGCAUACGAGAGCAGCGAAGAUAACAAUAACAUCACGCCCGAAGAGCUGGAGGAUCAACGGCGUCAACGUGAGGGCGUCGAUGCAUUGCUCUCGCUUUCACGUUCCUCCGUUGUCGAAUCGCCAACAAAACGACCGUCAUCGACCAGCGUCGAAGAAGAACACCUAACCGCCUGCCUUGAAAACAACAAAGUCAACAACAACAAUAAUAAUAGUCAUUUCACCAAUGGCAACGGUAAAAUGGCAUUACUUACCAGUGCGGUCGCCUACAGUCAACAACAGCAACAUCAUUUGUACGAGGACAGCAGCAGCUUUCAUUCGCCCAGCUAUUAUGGCACGGCACACAGUGGACCACACCAAUUGCAUCACCAUCUCGGCUUAGCCGGUGGCAGUGCACAGCGUAAAAUCAAACCCUUGCGUAGUCUGCGCACAAAAAUCAAGCGCAAAGCGCCAUGGAUGAGCAAGGCACGGUGAGCGACAGCUUUUGUGUGUAAGUGGAAAAAUGUAAAGAAAUAAGUAGUGCAGGAGUUGGGGGGGUUGUGAGGCCAAAGAAUGAGUUUAUGCUGGGCAUAUAAAGACUAUACAUAAAAUUAUGUAUGAAAUUUUAAAAAUUUACAAACAGUGCAUAUAUUUAGGCUUUGUGAAAAAACUACAAAAUAAUUUAAGUGUUAUACGUAAGCAACAAAAAGGCGAAGAUAAGAAGAGCAAUGCGUUUAACGUUCUGAUGGCCCUUAAGUUCAAUUUGAGUAGAAUUUGUUUGAUUUUCUCAAUUGAUUAAGACUAUUAUCAAUGACUGCUUUUUUACUUUAAAAUUUGCUUGGGUAACAAAAAUGAAAUUAAAGAAAUAUUUUUUUUUUCUAACUGCAUAAAUAAAGUGCAACAAUAUGAACUAAAAUUCCGAAACAUUAAAAGGGCAACACGUUUCAAAAGCCACAAAUAUUCAGUAACUAAUUUUAAGCAAAUUUUUAGUAGAUAGCCGAUUGCACCGUCCUGACUUGCAGCCUUAGGCACACACACAUACACAUACCAGUUAAUUUAUCUUCAAACUAAGCCCCAACUCUACUUCAAAUUUUUAUUUCCUAGUUACAAGCCAAGUGAAAAAUUCUAACUGAUUAAAAAAAAUGUUAAUGACCAAUGCAAAUACAUACUUUUUGGCGUUUGCCAAGUAAAGUUUUACGAAAAUGUGAAAAAACAUAAAUAUAUAUUUUUCAGACUGCGAAAUAAUUCGUUAGGCGGUAAUGCUUACAAUUAAAAUGAUUUGUGUUCGACGACGCCUGUUAAAUUCAAUUCAGCGCUUGCAACAGUAAAUUUUAUUUAAAACUCACUACUUUUACGUUAAUAAUUUCGAAUUUCAAACAACAUCUUUAGUACGCUUACAAAACUUGCAUUGAACGUAGCACCACUCGUGCUGAAUAUAAGUGAAAAUACAGAAAAAAUUUAUUACUCGCGCGCUUAAUAUCAAUUAAAAUGGCGAAAAUGUUAGUAAAAUAUUACACAGCGUGCCGAAUAACAAUUAAUACGCUUAACGUAUUAAUAAAUGUGGUACAUACAUAUGCUAAAAUCAUUGCUAAGCGCUUUAGAGUACGGGAUAAUUUAAUUUAUUAUAAAGCGCGCUGAAUAUUAGUUAACAUAACAGAACUUGCUUUCAACGUUAUACCAAGUGCGUUAGUUAAGUUGACACUACUGUUAAAUGUUUUGUUGGCAUGCUGGAAAUGCUACCAAUUUAUCAUUAGGCGCGCUGUAUUUAAAUGAAUGUUUUCAAAUAAUGUUUUGUUUUAUAAAUUAUGUGAUUUAAAAAAAGUUUAUUGUGGCAGAAAUGUCAUUAACGUCCGCUAAACUUGCUGAAAAUUGCAAACAAGUUUUCAUGUAGUGCGCUGAAUACCUUUUCUUUGCAUAAAAAAUGUAAGCAAUACAAUAAUCAUGAUUAUUACCUUUAAAGCCUUUUAAAGAGAGUUUGAAGUAAUUUUUUUUUGCACCGCGCUGAAUACCAUUUCAUUGCACCAAAGUUGUAAGCACUUACUGUUUCUAUAAUUGUGUGUAUUUCGCUUUCUGAAUUACCUUUAAAGUCUUCUAAUAUCUUUAAAUUAGUUAGUAUUUAUUUAUAAGUUACUCUGCUUCCAAUUUUAAAAUGUUAUCUAUUUUUCUGAUUUCUUAAAGAAAUUGCAAUGUUUUAUGCCAAACCAUAGUUUUAUGCAAAGUGCUACGCGAGUUGUUUUUUCGCACGCUAAAAAUAAUUAUUCUAAUAAUAUUAAAAUAAAAAAGAAUCGCAAAUUUGUUUGUUGAAAAUUUUUCAAUAAAUAAUUUUGCAUUUUAUAAAUAGCUUUUAAAAAGCUCAUACGAAACAUUUUAAGUUUCGAGUUUAAUUUUAUUGUAUUUAGUUUAAAAAGCAAAAACAAAAAGUGUAACGUUUAAUAAGAAAAAGUAGCAAAAGAAACUAGCAAAUCAAAAACACAAAAAUAUUUAAGUGCAUAUUAAAGUUUAGCAUUUAAGUUAGAAGGUAUAGAUACUAAACAAAAUAAGUAUGUUAUGAAAGGCGAGCAAAAUGCAACUUUAAAACGCAAAAUAAAUUCACUUCAAGUACCUUUUUAGCAAAAAGAAUAUAAUAUAAAAUAAUUAACUAAUUGCAAGUAUAAAAAAUAUUGAUUGCUCAGUUUGUAGCGGCUGAGUUGAGUUAAAAAAAAAAUAAUUAUAAAUUAAAUAUUUUUUAAUUGAAAGCUUUAUGCCGCCUUUUAAUUACCAAUUUAAUUGUUUACUAUUAUACUAAUUGUUUAUAGCGUAUGAAAGUGAAAAGUGCAGCAAAUCAAAAUAUCAAAACCAAAACAAAAAAUGUGAAAAAACAAUUGAAAACAAAGUAACGGAAGAAAGUGUAGCAAAAGCAGCAAACUGUUAAACAAAAGCAAAUGUUAAAAGUGAAUAUAAUUUGUUAGAGCGUUACUAAGCGAGUGCGUGCGUUUGUAAGCGUUGCAACUACAACUACAAUUUACUUAAGCCUAUAGACAAAACAGUAGUCUUAAAGAUUAUAUACAUAUAUACAUGCUUACAUAUUAAUAUAGAGAAAUAUGUUAAGUGAUCAUAAAUGAUAAGUGGUCAUCAAUGAUAAAUGGCAAUAUUAAUUGUACGUUAAUAAUAAAACUAGCAUAAUAUAUAUAAAACACAAAUACAUAUAUACAUACACACUUAUAUACACAUACAUACCAUAUAAGCAUACACACAAACACAAUCCAAUUUUAGACAACUAUACUAAACUAGUGUAUAAUGACGCCUAAACACCUAAAUGUAGGCAAUAAAAAUGUUGAGUUUUUACUGUAUACAAAACACUUACUACAAACAUACAGAUGUACAUUGUACAUGGUGUGUAAUGCUAUAUAAGACAAACUAACAAACUUAAUGAUAUCAAAUGUGUGCAAAAAGUAACAAGCUAUCACAUACAUACAUAUAUACAUACUUAUGAAUGUAUGAAAGCAAGAAUGUCAAAAGUUGUAAAUAAUUACCAAAUGAGUCUACCGUAGACAACUGUAAAUGCUAUGUAUGUGUAAAGUUGUAAAAAAGCCGGACAAUCCAAAAAGAUAAAAAAAUGUUUGAAAAAAAAAAACAGAAAAAAUUAUGAAAAACCACGAGUUCUUAUACAAAUUGAUAGCGAAAAGCAGCCGCUUAUUCCACGUGCUAUUUCAAAAUUAAUCUUAAAAAUUGAAAACCAAAAGAAAAACA